UAUGUCUAAUUUUAUCGACAACGAGGCAGAGCUUUCCGAUCAGGCGGAAUCAGCUGCAUCAGAAACUUCAGAACCUGCACCAAAACGAUCAAGAAAAUUAAAAGAAAAGAAAAGACGUCAUCAAAUAAGUAGUGACGAGGAGGAUGAAGAAGACGAUGCAGAGGAUGAGGAUCGUGCUCGAGAAGAGAUGAAAGGAUUUGUUGUUGAUGAUGAAGAUGAGGAUGACGAAGAAGGGGGUGAUGGUGGAGAUGCUGGUGAUGAUGAGAGUAGCAAAGCAGGUUCUGAUGAUGAUUUGUUGGAAGAUGAUUUGGAUCUCCUUAACGAAAAUAUUGGCCAUAAUGUACGCGGACGAGUGGAAAUUAGCGAUGAUGAAGAUGAUCGUGAACGAAUUAAAGGACAGCUCUUUGGAACUUCUGAUUUUGUUGAUGAUGGCCGUACAAACGAACCAGAAUAUCAGCAACGAGCAUAUACUGAUGCUGGGUCAAGAAGUGAAUCAGAACAAUCCGAAGACCCGUUUAUUGUACAAGAUGAAGGACAACGUCGACGACAUCGCAAAAAGGGUACAAAACGUGAAUAUAGUGAUCAGGUCCUUGAUGAAGCGAAGGAUAUUUUUGGUGUGGAAGAUUUGGAUGAAUUUUAUGAAGAUGAAGAAGUACUUGAGGAGGAACUUGAAGAGGGUGAAGAAAGCAUUCGAACAACGAGACCAAGGGGUGCCAAGGUCACAUUAUUGGAUACAAUUGAACCUUCAGAACUUGAAAAGGGUUUUAUUCGCAAAAUUCCAGUCACCGAAAUUGAUGAUCACGAUCUACAGCUUGAAGCCCUCUGGAUUUUAGAAUUUGCAUUCAAGGCUCAAACUCUUUCUCAACAAACUGAUACUGGCCUCAGUAUUUACAAGCAUGGAAAAGGGACAUUAGAAGUUAAUACGGCAGAGGAGGAAGCUCCUGAAAAAAUACGAGAAGCAAUUCGUUUCAUUCGGAACCAACUUUUUGAGGUGCCUUUUAUUGCCUUUUAUCGCAAAGAAUAUGUUGAGUCUUCUCUGUUGAUGCCUGAUUUAUGGAAAUGGUGUCGACUUCAAAUGCGAAAAGUUCGUAUAGCUGAUUUACUUAAACGUGUACAAAAAUAUAUAACUGAAUCUGGUUAUGAUGAGGCAGCUGUAUUACAACGUGUUACAGAUAAAGACUUUAGAGAUGAGAUGAGGCGAAUUGUCGAAUGGGAAAGGAUAAUCAUUUUACAAGAGCCACAGAGCGAAGUAGAGAUUACUUCUCGUUUCAAACUUGGAAGCCGGACAGAUAAAUAUAUGCUUUGUAUCCAAUGUGGUCUUUCGCCUAUGGCUGAUGCUUUCGGUUUAACACCGGAAGAAUUCGCAGAAAAUUACACAGAAUAUGUCAAGCACGAGGUGAGACAAAGUACAAAGGAGCCUAAUGAUGAUGCAAAAGAAUAUAUUACAGAAACAUUCCCAACGCCAGAAAAGGUUGUUCAAGGUGCAAUGUAUUUACUUGCAAUGCGCUUUAGUCGUGAACCUGCAGUUAGAAAGAAACUUCGACAAAUUUAUCGCCAAAAUUUACUUCUUUCCAUUUAUCCUACAAAAAAAGGGCGCAACGAAAUAGAUGAAAGCCACUGGCUUUAUGGUCGUCACUAUAUUAAAGACAAGCCUGUUAACGAAUUGAAGGAAGAUGAGUAUUUACAUUAUGUUAAGGCAAAGAAUGAUGAUUUAAUUGAAAUCGAUUUACACAUUGAAACCGAUGCGACAGGAGAAACAAAUUGUAUGUUGCUUAGUUUAACUCGAGAGCCAAUAUUCAGCCGAGAAGAGUACUUUUACAUAACUGAAGAAUGGAAUAAAUUACGAAAGGAAGUGCUUCGGCAAUGUGUUUGUGAUAUUUUAAUACCUAUUUUUCAACGUGAAGCACAUGAAAGGUUAUUGGAGGAGGCACGAGAUUGUGUUAUUCGAAAAGCCUCCCUUCGUUUAAAUCAUUUAAUUUCUACGGAGGCUUAUAGAAAGACAUUUUCUUAUGAAGAGGAAGAUGAUGAUAUGCCUGAUUUGGGCACACGUGUUGCAUCAAUUUGUUAUUCUGCUGAUAGGGCGGAAGCUACUUUUGCAGUUGUUAUUGAUGAAAACGGAAUGGUAAUUGAAUUUAUGAGAUUGGUUCAUUUUACAAAGGGCAUGCGAUCAAAGUUUCCUGACGAUGUAUUACUCAAGAAAAAGGAUUUGAGAGAACUUUUCUAUUUAAUUCAAAGACGACGACCUCAUUUGAUUGUUCUUAACAGCGAAAAUAUGGAUGCAAUUCGUUUGGCCGAAGAUAUUCGUAAUAUGCUAAAAACGGAAGUAGAGGUCAAUAAGACUUUUCCUGUCCAAAUCCCUGUUGAAAUUACUAAUAGUGAUGCAGCAAAAGUUUAUAUGAAUAGUCGAAUGUCAACGCAAGAAUUUGUUGAAUUCCCUCCUCUUUUGAGACAAGCAGUCUCUUUAGGCCGUUUUGCCCUCGAUCCACUUAAUGAAAUUUGCCAUUUAUGUAAUGCUGAAGAUGAUAUUUUAUACAUGAAAUUUCAUCCUUUGCAAAAUGAAAUUGGCAAAUCAGACUUAUUAUUUGCAUUGCAACUUGAGUGUAUAAAUCGUGUUAAUGAGGUUGGUGUUGACAUUAACCGUUGUUUGGAAUUUCCUCACACGGCUGGCCUUUUACAAUUCGUUUGUGGACUUGGCCCGAGAAAAGCCCUUCAUUUGCUCAAAAUUCUCAAGCAAAAUGAUAAUUUACUUGAAAGCCGUACUAAAUUGGUUACAUUUUGUCGAAUGGGUCCAAAAGUUUUUAUGAAUGCUGCUGGAUUUAUUAAAAUUGAUACUGCAAAAAUUGCUGAAAGAACCGAUUCUUAUGUCGAAGUAUUGGAUGGUUCUCGUGUUCACCCUGAAACAUACGAAUGGGCAAGAAAGAUGGCUGUUGAUGCAUUAGAGUUGGACGAUGCUGUCGAUCAAACGGUGGCUUUAGAGGAGAUUUUAAAGGCUCCAGAAAAACUCAAAGAAUUAGAUUUGGAUGCGUUUGCUGAAGAAUUAACUAGACAGGGCUUUGGCAACAAAAACAUUACACUCUAUGAUAUUCGUGCUGAACUUAACUAUCGUUACAAAGAUUUGCGUAUGCCUCAUAUGCCCCCAAAUGGUGAAGAAUUGGCUCAAAUGUUGUUGCACGAUGACAUAUCAAACGUUCAAGGAAAACUUGUGCUUGGACAAAUUCUUUCUGUUGCAUAUAGAAAAAUUAAUGAAAAGGAAACUAAUUUAAAAGCACGUUGGAAUGACUUUACUUCUACUUGGGUGUGCCCAUGUUGUAAACGCGACAAUUUCAAGGAACCAACAGAUGUGUCAAAUCAUUUUGGUGAAUUUACUGGUAUUCGCGAAUGCCCUGGUGUUCCUGUUGGUCUACGCGUUAGAUUAGACAAUGGAUUGAUGGGAUUUGUUGGAAUGAGAAAUAUUUCUGAUCAAUUUGAGAAAAUUACUGAUCCAACGAAAUUAUUUAAACCCGGCCAAAACCAAUAUUUUCGCGUCAUUGAGUUUAAACCAGAUCGUUUAGAAUGUGAUCUUUCUUGUAAAUCAAGUGAUUUAAGAGGAGAAGAAGAUAGACGUGACAAAUAUUUCGAUAGUGAUCGUUUCCAAGAAGACAAUAUUGCUGACGAAAAAGCGAGGAAAGCAGCACAUGAAAAACGACAUAUGAAUAGUCGCGUUACUUCUCAUCCAUGUUUCCAUAAUGUUACAUUUAAGGAUGCUGAGCGUAUGUUAAGGAAAAUGGAUUUGGGAGAGGCUAUAAUCCGUCCUUCUGGUAAAUCUCCUGAUCAUUUAACGGUCACAUGGAAAGUACUUGAUGAUAUUUAUCAACAUAUUCAAGUAGAAGAACGCGAAAAGAAGAGACAAUUUGAGAUUGGCAAAAAAUUAAUAAUUAAUGGAGAUGAAUUUGAAGAUUUAGAUGAAAUUUUAGCACGACAUAUUCAACCUAUGACUGCAGUUGUUCGUGACAUUAUGAGCUUUAAAUAUUAUUUGGCAUCAGUUGCUGCUGAGAGUGUUCAAGUUAUUGAUAAUGUUCUUCGUACACAAAAAAAGAAUGCUCCACAGAGAAUACCUUAUUGUAUAACGGCAAGCAAAAAAUAUCCUGGGAAAUUUGUACUUUCUUACCUGGCACAAUCGAAGAUACGUAAUGAAUAUAUGAGUGUUACUCCAGAAGGAUUACGUUUUCGAAAACAACUAUUUAACAGUACAGAGGAUUGUGUUAAUUGGUUUAAGGCAAAUUUUGCUCAACGGCCAGCUUAA